AUGGACCGCUUCAGUGACUUACCCGACGAUGCAGGAAUCGAAGAAGACGAAAACGGCAAAAUUCCCUUUUGGCCGCUAUUGCAUCACCUUCUGAGUGCCCCUAUAUUGAGCAUCGUGCAGCUUAUAGACCGGUUGCAGACAAUUGCUGCAAAUGCAGAGACAUGCCAGGACAACGACUAUGGGUUCUUGAGACAGUUCCUUCAGGAGCAAGACCAAUCUAAGAUACUUGAUACCGUGUGGCCCAAGAUUCGCGAUGUUGCUCUUGCGCUACCGAAUUACUUUCCUCAAGGUCAGCUUGAGCUUCUUCAGCCGGCAUGUCCACUACAUCUAAGUCGUGGUCAGGUCGCUUGUCUUGUGGUGCACCAAUUCCUCUGUUCGGCGGUACCUCAGAGAAACGAUGAGGGCUAUCAGGAUUUGAGUAUAUGGUUUUCGUCGGAGCAGCGAUAUCCUACCGCUGUGAAGAUGUAUCUCGAGGCUCUGUUCACAUACUUUGAGUGUUUACCUGAAGCCCGAGUGCUUUUGCAGGAUCAUCAAGUUACAUCUGACAGCGACCGAGAUGCCGUCACAUACGAGCUUCACUCAAACGGACAAACACCAUUACCGGAUGUGAAGCUAGCAUCAGUACAAGUAAACUACCAGGAGUCCCACACGUCACACACACACAAACCCGAGGCCCAGGGAAAGGGAGGCGCUGUCGUUGUAUCUGCAAACAAGGUCAUUGGUUUUGGUCAAUCCACCACGCAAGAGGACAUAUUCGUUGGUAUUGCCCCUGAGGCUUAUCCGGUAGUUCUGGUAGCACCGCAUCUGAUAGACAGCACAGUCAUCAGUGUUUCUGGUGCAAGAGCAAUGGUAGAUAUGAAGGGUGAAAGGCGCGAGAUCGAAUGGACAAGACGUGCUUUUCCAUGCCCAAGUCAAGACUUCCCGAGUUGGAAAGGGGGCCGUCUUAUCUUUAUGGAUGCGUUGGAGAUGGACAUGUUUGAGCUUUCGCCCAGCAAAGGCCUUCCUGAUCUCUAUCCCAAUAACAUAGAUCGUGAGAUCAGCAAGGCAACAAACGGCUUUAGUUCUUACGGAGGUGAUUCCAUCUUCACCGGGCUCUGGGGCUGUGGCGCUUUCGGUGGUGAUCCAGGAGUGAAGUUGAUAGUGCUCUGGCUCGCGGCAGGCGCAGCGAACGUCAAGCUUCACUUAAUGCUUGGCCCCGGAGAGCAUAAUCUCGGACGGAAGUUUGAAGAGGUAGUUGAGGCCUGUGAUGGACUAGCUGUAGACGAUGUGCGAGAGCUGCUUUCGCGGAUUCCUCGAGACUUGCGAGGGGAAGAGAUUCUUGAGUGGAUUGCGACAGAGGCGCCAGGGGCUCGAUGUCGUACGAGGGGAUGUUCAACAUGA